GGAGCGGCUGCGCGCUCGGCCCCGGCGGCGGGGGGCGGGCGGGGGGCACGGCCCCGGCGCGCAGAGCCAGCGCGGCCGCCGACCGAGGCACCAUGUGCGGCAUCUUUGCUUACCUGAACUACCAUGUGCCCAGGACACGCCGGGAGAUCCUGGAGACCCUCAUCAAAGGGCUCCAGCGCCUGGAGUACAGAGGCUAUGACUCUGCAGGAGUGGGAGUGGAUGGUGGGAAUGACAAAGACUGGGAAGCCAAUGCCUGCAAGAUUCAUCUCAUCAAACAGAAGGGCAAGGUGAAGGCUCUGGAUGAAGAGGUUCACAAGCAACAGGACAUGGACCUGGACAUCGAGUUUGAUGUGCACCUGGGCAUCGCCCACACUCGCUGGGCCACCCACGGGGAGCCCAACCCCAUCAACAGCCACCCCCAGCGCUCAGACAAGAACAACGAGUUCAUUGUCAUCCACAAUGGCAUCAUCACCAACUACAAGGACCUGCGGAAGUUCCUGGAGAGCAAGGGCUACGACUUCGAGUCGGAGACGGACACGGAGAGCAUCGCCAAGCUGGUCAAGUACAUGUAUGACAACAGGGACAGCGACGACAUCAGCUUCACCACCCUGGUGGAGAGGGUGAUCCAGCAGCUGGAAGGUGCUUUUGCCCUGGUCUUCAAAAGUGUUCACUAUCCAGGCCAAGCAGUUGGCACCAGGCGAGGCAGCCCCCUGCUGAUCGGAGUGCGGAGCGAGCACAAGCUCUCCACCGACCACAUCCCCAUCCUCUACCGCACCGGGAAGGACAAGAAGGGGAGCUGCAACCUGUCCCGUGUUGACAGCACCACCUGCCUGUUCCCCGUGGAGGAGAAGGCUGUGGAGUACUACUUUGCCUCAGAUGCUAGUGCUGUCAUUGAGCAUACCAACAGAGUGAUUUUCCUUGAAGAUGAUGAUGUGGCAGCCGUGGUCGACGGCCGCCUGUCCAUCCACCGGAUCAAGCGCACCGCAGGAGACCACCCUGGCCGUGCUGUCCAGACCCUGCAGAUGGAGCUUCAGCAGAUCAUGAAGGGUAACUUCAGCUCAUUUAUGCAGAAGGAAAUAUUUGAGCAGCCAGAAUCUGUUGUUAACACCAUGAGAGGAAGAGUCAACUUCGAUGACUACACAGUGAAUCUGGGAGGGCUGAAGGACCACAUCAAGGAGAUCCAGCGGUGUCGCCGCCUGAUCCUCAUCGCCUGCGGCACCAGCUACCACGCAGGCGUGGCGACCAGGCAGGUUCUGGAGGAGCUGACUGAGCUACCUGUGAUGGUGGAACUGGCCAGUGACUUCCUGGACAGGAACACUCCUGUCUUCAGAGAUGAUGUCUGCUUUUUCCUCAGCCAGUCAGGGGAGACAGCAGACACCCUGAUGGGGCUGCGGUACUGCAAGGAGAGAGGGGCCCUGACGGUGGGCAUCACCAACACCGUGGGCAGCUCCAUAUCGCGGGAGACCGACUGCGGCGUGCACAUCAACGCGGGGCCGGAGAUCGGCGUGGCCAGCACCAAGGCCUACACCAGCCAGUUCAUCUCCCUGGUGAUGUUUGCUCUGAUGAUGUGUGACGACAGAAUCUCCAUGCAGGAGCGGCGCAAGGAGAUCAUGCGUGGCCUGAAGGGGCUGCCAGACUUGAUUAAAGAAGUGCUGAGCAUGGAUGAUGAGAUCCAGAAGCUGGCCACGGAGCUGUACCACCAGAAGUCUGUGCUCAUCAUGGGCCGUGGCUAUCACUAUGCCACGUGCCUGGAGGGAGCUUUGAAAAUCAAAGAAAUCACCUACAUGCACUCUGAGGGGAUCCUGGCAGGGGAGCUGAAGCAUGGCCCUCUGGCUCUGGUGGACAAGCUGAUGCCUGUGAUCAUGAUCAUCAUGAGAGACCACACCUAUGCCAAGUGCCAGAACGCCCUGCAGCAGGUCAUAGCACGGCAGGGGCGACCUGUGGUGAUCUGUGAUAAGGAGGACAUUGAGACCAUCAAGAACAACAAGAGGACAAUCAAAGUCCCCCACUCAGUGGACUGUCUGCAGGGGAUCCUGAGUGUGAUCCCCCUCCAGCUGCUGGCUUUCCACCUGGCAGUUCUCAGAGGCUAUGAUGUUGAUUUCCCACGAAAUCUGGCCAAGUCCGUAACUGUAGAGUGAACAGAGACCAGCUGCCUCCUAGGGGCAAAGGGGGAUUCAGUGAGAGACUCUUUGCUUUUUGGUACCAAAAUCAGUUGAUUUCCAAGCCCCCUUAGCUCACCCUUCUUUUGCUGAAGCCUUGUUUGUGUCCCAGACCACCAUGAUUCCAUUGCAUUAGUGAUUGUCCAGUUGAUUCCACCUUGCUCUCUCCAUAGCUUUGGGGUUGGUUGGUUGGUUUGUUUUGCAUUUGUUUGUCUUUUCCAAUGCCAGACCUUCCCUGGAUGGUUUUUCCUUCGGGAUUCCUCAGUCUUCUAGGUAGGAAAAGGAGCCUCCACCUGGCUUGAGGAGCAGGGGGCUCGGUGCAGUGGCUGGGGAGAAACCAUUGAGUGACUCUCCUCUCGUGCUCUCAGGGGCAGGAGACCAGAGCAGACAGCUGGAACCAGAGCUGUUCCUGCUCCUGCUUGUGCAGCUUUUUAAGGUGGGAACAAGGGUUUGGGGGUUCAUUCCUGCCUGGUGUCCAAAAGGGGAGUUCAACUGCCCUGUUGCAGCCUCCUCGGUUCAAAGCCCACGGGAAGUGUGCUAAGCAAACCUUGCUUCAGAAGGGUUUAACCUAUGCCAAAUACCUAGCAAGUGACAAUCUCCUGGCCUGGCUGGGCCACCACACUGUGUGCCACCAGCAGCUCCCUGGAGCUGUGCCCAUGAAGCCAGAGGAGCUCACUGGCUGAUGCAGUGUGGGGGGCAGGAGAGGGAGAGGAGCAGUGCUUGGUCUGUGCUGGUGCUUUGGUGUUGCUGUGGUGGUUUUCCUUUGGCCUUCCUGUGUUGAGGAUUCUUUGGUUUUUUCCCCCUUGAACCAAGCCCUGUGGCACUAGAAGCACACCCUGGGGAAGCAGCUUUCUGCUGGCACAGGUCACUUGCUGCUCUGGAUGCCCAGAAGCAGGUUUCUGCCUGGUACCUGUCUGGCAGCAGCACCACUCCCUCGCUGAGGGCUGUGGUGGAUGCAUGGCUGCUGGUUUCUGUAGGAGCUCUCUCUGUGUGUGUGACUUGUGGCAAACUGAGCUGGUUUAGAAAGGGAGGGGAUGAAAAAAGGCUCAGCAGAAAUCCCUUGGAAAGAGCUUUGGAAGAAGCUUGCAGGGAAUCAGAACUCAACACAAAUUCCACCUUCCAGACUUGGCACUGACCUGCAGGCUCCUCUAGCUCUCUGCUUCCUCAUGCUCCAAGGUGCAUCUCCUGCCAGCUUGAUGGCCUUUCAAUUAGCUUUACACAGCCCCCAUAAGAAACUCACACUGCAAGGCAUAAAGCAAUGCUUGUCCAGGGCUGCUGAGCACCCCAGGGCAAUCCCUGCCCCUGGGAGUGCUGCAGCACAGUGCCUGGGGAGUGGCCCUAUCUGAGCUCUCCUUGCAGGGCAGGGCUCUUGUCCUGGCCCUCUCUGAGCUCUCCUUGCAGGGCAGGGCUCUUGCCAUGGCCCUCUCUGAGCUCUCCUUGCAGGGCAGGGCUCUUGUCCUGGCCCUCUCUGAGCUCUCCUUGCAGGGCAGGGCUCUUGUCCUGGCCCUCUCUGAGCUCUCCUUGCAGGGCAGGGCUCUUGUCCUGGCCCUCUCUGAGCUCUCCUUGCAGGGCAGGGCUCUUGCCAUGG